AUGAGUGCAAGCAACUUUGGGGACAUCAUGGAGUGGGGCAGGGGGAGGUCGACACCAUCCUCGUCGGGGUCAAGGAGAGGCAAGAGAGGCACCAGCGGCGGCAGCUCCGUCGACAAGCCGAGGCAGCCGCAGCGAGGCCUUGGCGUCGCCCAGCUGGAGAAGAUCAGGCUGCAGAGUGAAAUGGCCGAGUACCUGCACCACCCUCCACUUGCCGGACAGCCACCUCCAUCCUCGAUCCAUGGAGCCGGUAGCUUCAACCUGCAGAUGGCCUAUAAUGGAGGGAGAUCAGGAGACAUGAGAUACGGCGAAUCACCACCAACUACUUCCAUAAUCAGAUCGUCGCCGAAUUACCAUGGAGCAGCUAUCUAUGGAGUAGUACCACAUUACUCUCAUCCGACUAGCGACGCCACGUUGCCUCUCUUUGAGCCCGAGGUCCCCAUUGGCUUCAAGGGACUGCACGACCUAAGUCACUCGCUGACGGUAGACCAAUGGUCGGAGAGUAUGAACUCAGAUGAUCCACAAGAUGUGGACCUUGAGCUCAAGCUAUGA